UUCAAUGGAUUCAGUUGGAGCUGAGCAGCGCUCGAGUUUGGAAGCGGUGCAAAAAAAUGUCCCAAAUAAAAGAGCACAAAGUUAGCGCUGCUGCACUGGACUCUGCACUAGUUAGCCUCCUGAAGAGCUCUAAGAGUCUCAGAGCCAAGGUGCCCUGGUACUAUGCGCCCGCCUUUCUGCUGCUCUGGCUGGCGCUCUUCUUUGCCGUGGUUAUUCCGCUCUUCAGUCGGCUCCCCGAGAGCGUCACCAUUGCCCAGGAGUCGCAGAGGCCGAACGAAUUUGUAGCCGAGCGAGCACAACGUCUGCUGCAGAGAUACGACAGCAUCGGACCCAAGGUCGUGGGCAGCAUUGCCAAUGAGCAGCUUACGGUAGGCUUCCUGCUCGAGGAGGUGGCCAAUGUGCGCGCAGCCAUGCGAGCGGAUCUCUAUGAGCUGGAGGUGGAUGUGCAGCAGUCAUCCGGAGCGUACAUGCAUUGGAAUAUGGUGAACAUGUACCAGGGCGUGCAGAAUGUGGUGGUCAAGCUGAGCACGCGAGGCUCGGCCAGCGAAUCCUAUUUGCUGCUCAACAGCCACUUCGACUCGAAGCCCGGCAGUCCCGGCUCAGGCGACGACGGCACCAUGGUGAUUGUCAUGCUGGAGGUGCUGCGGCAAAUGGCCAUCUCAGAGCAGCCCUUCGAGCAUCCCAUUGUGUUUCUCUUCAAUGGCGCCGAGGAGAAUCCUCUGCAGGCCUCGCACGGCUUCAUCACCCAGCACAAGUGGGCCAAGAACUGCAAGGCACUUAUCAAUCUGGAGGUGGCUGGCAGCGGCGGUCGAGAUCUCCUGUUUCAGAGUGGACCCAAUCAUCCUUGGCUUAUGCGGUAUUAUAAGGAGAAUGCCAAACAUCCUUUCGCCACGACCUUGGCCGAGGAGGUCUUCCAGGCUGGUAUACUGCCAUCCGACACGGACUUUCGCAUAUUCCGCGAUUACGGCCAGGUGCCAGGCCUCGAUAUGGCGCAGAUCAAGAAUGGCUACGUCUAUCACACCGAGUUCGAUAAUUAUGCGGCUGUGCCACGCGCCUCUCUGCAGAACUCGGGCGAGAAUGCUUUGGCUCUGGUGAGGGCCUUUGCCAAUGCCAGCGAAAUGUACGACACUGAGGCUCACAGUGAGGGAAAAUCGGUGUUUUUCGACUUCCUGGGCCUGUUCAUUGUCUUCUACUCGGAGACAACGGGCAAAAUUCUGAACUGUUGCAUUGCGGCCGUCAGUCUGGUGCUCGUCUGCAUCUCACUGUGGCGCAUGUCGCGCGCCUCUGAGCUGUCUCUGGGCCACAUCUCGCUGUUGUUUGUCAUCAUUCUGGCCCUGCACGUGCUGGGUGUGCUGCUCAGCGUGGGGCUGCCGCUGCUGAUGGCCGUUCUCUUCGAUGCUGGCAAUGGUUCGUUGACCUACUUUACAAACACCUGGUUGAUGAUAGGGCUCUACAUUUGCCCGGCCAUCAUUGGACUGAGUCUGCCCACAACACUCUACUACAGCUUUCGGAAGAAUUUGAAGAUAAGUCACGCCUACCAUUUGCAUAUGAGCCUGCACGCCCACUGCGUGGUGCUGGCCUUGAUAGCCAUCGUACUGAGUGCAAUCAGUCUGCGCACACCCUAUCUCUGUAUGAUAUCCAUACUCUUCUACUCAGCUGCGCUGUUGAUCAAUCUAUUGAGCAGCUUACACGAUCGCGGCUAUUACUGGGUGCUCAUCACUCAGAUACUCCAGCUGAUGCCGUUCUUUUACUUCAGCUAUCUGUUCCACAUGCUUUUGGUCAUCUUUAUACCCAUGAUGGGUCGCAAUGGCAGCUCUAUAAAUCCGGAUCUCCUGGUAGCCCUGAUAUGCACACUCGGCACAUUCUUUGCCCUAGGAUUUGUGUCGCCGCUCAUUAACAUGUUUCGCUGGUCGAAGUUUAUCAUGCUCGGACUGGCCAUAGUCACUUUCAUAUUCAGCAUGAUUGCCGUUUCGGAGGUGGGCUUUCCCUACCGACCCAAGACCAGUGUGAUGCGUGUGAACUUUCUGCAUGUGCGUCGCGUCUUCUACGAGUUCGAUGGCAGCGUUAGCCUCAGCGAUUCGGGCUAUUACUUUGACUUCCAGGACAGAAGGCUGAACCAUCCGCUCGAGGACACUUCGGUGGACUUGACAGGUCUGACUGGCAUCAAGGAGCACUGUGAUACGGAGUUGAUGUGCGGCGUGCCCUGCUUCAAUCAUCGCUGGUGCAAGGCGCGCGAGACGGGCAACUGGCUGGCGCGAGAGCAAGAGGUGAUCAUACCCGGCAACUCCUCCCUGUUGCUGCUGAGCAAAAGCCUUUUGCCCACUGGCAACACGAUGCGCUUUGAAUUUGAGCUGAGCGGGCCACCUCAUAUGGGCUUGUUCAUACAGCCAUUGGAGGGCGUAACCGUUGAGGACUGGUCCUUCAUCAGAAAUCCGCUGGACGAACCGGAAAAGUACAAGUUGCCCUAUCAGAUAUUCUUCUCCUAUGGCAAGGACAAUUCUCCCCUAAGAUUUUACAUUGAUUUCACUAAACUUGCUGGCGAUUUCGAUGUGCCCAUCUUUGAGAUGGGCGUGGCGUGGCAUUACGUGAGCUACGACUACGAAAGAGAUGCGGCUGGAAUGCAGUUUAUAGCCGACUUUCCAGACUUUGUCCAUGUGAUGGAGUGGCCGACGCUAUAUAAGCGUUACAUAUACUAAGCUAACUUAAUUUAUAACUUAGUCUUAAGUUAAAUGUCGUUUCAAUAG